ACCAGCACACAAACCGCAAACCUCUGCAUAACCGCCGAAGAUGAGCAGUUCGACGAGGAGUUCCUGCAGGGCUGCAGACGGGAAGGCUUCCGGGCCAUCUACAUCCCUUUCCAGCGCGAUCGCAAGAAAUACAUCGCUGCGCUGGACGCCGUCAAGCAUGACUUGCGAGUGAGCGAGGUCUACGCCAUCAUAGGCUUCGGCGAGGCAGCCUCCUUCUGCCUCGCCCACUACCUCCGACCCCCCAACACCAACAAGCUCGGUGCAUUGAUCGCCUACUAUCCCACCGAGAUCCCCGGUCCGACCAGCCAGUACCCGGCCUCCAUGCACGUCCUCGUCCACCUCGCCAACCAGACCGUCAACGUGCACUACCCACCGUCCAAGACCGGCCACAAGGCCACCGUGGUGAAGAAGCAGGUCGGCCCCGGCGUCGGGCUCGGCGACCGUCUGGCGCUGGGGUACCCGGCGUUCUCGUACGUGGGGGCGCUGGCGGGGUUCGCGGAGCACGAUCUGGAGGAGUACAGCUCAAUGCACGCACAGGUGGCGUGGAGUCGCACGCUGGAUGCGCUGCAGCGGGGGUUCCAGCGCGAGGUGGAUUUGGAGUCGGUUUGGGACCGGAUGCAGGAGGCGCGAUACUUCUCCACCUCCGCCACCGGCCUCCUCCCCUCCCCGUCCAACCCCGAGACUGACCCUGAGACUGACAAUACCACCCCACCCCCCUCCGCCCUCUACACCCCGACCCUGCAAGGCGCAACGGGCCAUCGCCCCCUCGAAACCUUCUACCGUGCCAACUUCCACCGCCACAAACCCCCCUCGAUGCGGCUGCAGCUCCUCUCCCGCACCAUCGGCGCCGACCGCCUCGUGGACGAGGUCCUCGUGACCUUUGUGCACUCCCAACCCAUGGACUGGAUCCUACCCGGGGUGCCGCCGACGGGCCGCGAGGUGCAGAUCGUGGUCGUGAGCAUCGCGCGGCUGUGCACGGGCGAGGCCCGCUUGUACUCGGAGCAUGUGUACUGGGAUCAGGCGAGUGUGCUGCUGCAGGUGGGGUUGCUGGAUUCCCGCGUGGUUCCGGGGGGGAGUCCGCGGGUGGAGCGGCUGCCGGUGGUGGCGGGGGAGGCGGCCACCGCGGUGUUG